AGACUUCAGCUCGACAACUCCACCAUCAUAGCAUCAAACAAUACUGGCUCAUUUUGUCAGCAACUAUUCACGAUUCAUUCUUUCGAUAUUCUGGUAUCAACAUGUUUUCAAGACUCUUUCGCCGCUUGCGUCCCGCGCGAAUUCGUCGAGCGCCGCCUCCUAGGCGCAUAGCACCACCCGCUGACGCUCAGCUUGGUGGCAAGUACCCAUCUCCCGAGCAAAUGAACAGAUACAUAUAUGACACAGCCAUGGCUUGGAACGCUGCUGAUGCACAAAUGUCAUGGAUCUCGAGGAUGCUGCGCAAACCCUUCCAGAAGACGGUACACACUAUCGGUACAGCUAUCUUAGGUGUUCAAGAGCACGUUACAGCCAUGGUCAUGGACUCUAGGAGACUCUGCACAAGUUCAUAUAGCGUCCUAGGCCUCUUCUACUUGUCUUUUUAGCAAUUACUACGACUUCAGUGUUCAAUAGCGACCAAGGAUCAGGGAUACUAUUAUACACCAGGGUGUCCCUAUAUAUGGUAGCUUCAAUACAACAUCAGCGUCCAAUUUCUUCGCCCAGAUCGUCGAGGACCAGGGUCUGCAGACUGUGUGAUCUCGCACUGUAC